AUCCCUUGAGCCCAUAUAUUACCUUUGGACCAAAGCCCAAUUCUUCCAAUUGUAAAUCUGCAUUUUUUUUUGCAGAAGAAGGUUUAACGCACAGAGGCGGCGGCAUCGGCUCUGUUACAAAACCUCCGCCGUCUGAUUCCAAACGAGUAAGGGGUUUUACUCUCCGAUAUCUAGGUUUCAGGCUGUGAUCAAACAUGCCGCAGGGAGAUCAUAUAGAUCUGCACAGGAAGAGAAAUGGCUACCGCCAUGAUCACUUCGAGAGACUGCGCAAGAAGAAGGCCCGCGAGGUUCACAAGCAUUCUCAGAUUGCCCAGAAGACUCUGGGUAUUAAGGGCAAGAUGAUCUCCAAGGAGAACUAUCGCAAUAAGGCCUUGAUGAAGAAAACACUUGCGAUGCAUGAAGAGUCAGCAACAAGGAAAAAGGUUGAUGAUGAAGUACAUGAAGGGGCUAUUCCAUCAUAUCUUAUGGACCGUGAAACUACAACAAGAGCUAAGGCUCUCAGCAAUAGUAUAAAGCAAAAGAGGAAAGAGAAAGCUGGGAAAUGGGAUGUGCCUUUACCUAAGGUAAGGCCCGUGGCUGAAGAUGAGAUGUUUAGAGUGAUUAGAACAGGCAAAAGAAAGACCAAACAAUGGAAGAGGAUGAUCACAAAAGCCACUUUUGUAGGCCCUAGUUUUACAAGAAAACCCCCAAAAUAUGAACGCUUUAUCCGCCCCUCAGGUAUGCGCUUCACUAAAGCUCAUGUGACACACCCCGAACUGAAGUGUACCUUCAAUCUUGAGAUCGUGAGCGUGAAGAAAAACCCGAACGGUCCAAUGUAUACCUCUCUUGGUGUUAUAACCAGAGGAACCAUCAUCGAGGUGAAUGUCAGUGAACUUGGUCUUGUAACCCCUGCUGGAAAGGUUGUCUGGGGAAAGUAUGCUCAAGUGACGAAUAAUCCCGAAAAUGAUGGCUGUAUCAAUGCGGUUCUUCUUGUGUAGACUAAACGGUAUCAAACACUACAGCAAGGGCUUUGGGUGUGUGUUGUUUUAAAAACCUUGGAAAUCCCCACCCUUUGUUUUCUGUAGUAAUUACCUUUCUUGUUUUGGCUCCGAGCUUUCGAAUGGAAUUGAUAAAUCUUGUGUUUGAUUUUAUGCACUUCUAAACAUGACCAGAAAUUGAGUUGACAUUUUUCAUUUUGUGUUAGUGAAACUUGUUCUAGUGACUUAGAAUGUCACAUUCUUUAUAUGAAUGUAAGGAAGUGUUACUUUUUAUUAAAAAAUGACCCAAAAAGAAAAGCGUAAACUUUAU